UCAUUUUUCGUUUUUUUUUUUUCGUCAAAGCUGUACGGACGGAUAUUCCGUUGAAACAAGACUCUGUUUUUUUCUUCUCAAAAUUGAAACAAAAAUAAUAUCAGAUCUGAGAUGGGUUUUGUGUGCUAGAUUUUCUGUGAUAAUUAUUUUAUAAAAUCUAGUUUGUUUUUUAUUGAAAUCGAUUCUGUUUCUUGUAUUUUCACUGAUUUAUUAUUUUAUUUUAACUUCACUUUUUAAUGUGCCAAAUUUAACACACAAUAUGAGGAAGAAGCUCGAUACCCGUUUCCCAGCUGCUCGGAUUAAAAAGAUAAUGCAAGCUGAUGAAGAUGUGGGGAAGAUAGCAUUGGCAGUGCCCGUACUAGUUUCAAAAGCAUUGGAAUUAUUUUUGCAAGACCUUUGUGAUCGCACAUAUGAGAUAACAUUACAAAGAGGGGCAAAGACAAUGAGUGCACUGCAUUUAAAACAUUGUGUACAAAGCUAUAAUGUGUUUGAUUUUCUGAGGGAUAUUGUUAGUAGAGUUCCUGACUAUGGUCAUGGUCAUUCUGAAGCUGCUGGUGAGGAUCGAUCUAUUGCGAAGAGAAGGAAAGCUGCUGGUGAUGAAUGCAAUGACAGUGACGAAGAGUCAAAGAGGAGCAAGAUGCAUGAGAUGGGCCAUGUCAGUGGCAGUGGUAGAGGGAGGGGCCGGGGUCGAGGAAGAGGCCGUGGACGAAGUGCUCGCCAUCUGGAAAGAGAGUCCUCUCAUCGUGAGAUGGAUUCAGAACCUUCUACAGCUGUGCAGCAUGGCAUCAAAGAUAACUCGAGCUCUGGAAUGGUGGUGGAUACUGCUUCUGAAUCAAAGGAGUCUAAGGAAAAUAUUAUAGGCAGUGAUGGUGCUAAUGCAACAGCUCGAAAUUUUGAUCUGAACGCAGACUUAGAUGACAAUGUGGACACAAAGGCUGCGGUAGCACCACUAACAGCCCCAGCCCCAGCCCCAGCCCCCGCCCCAGCUCCAUCUGCAGCUCCAGCUCCAGCUCCAGCUCCGGCCACAGCCCCUGCUCCUGCUCCUGCUCCUGCUCCUGCUCCUGCUCCAGCACCUGCUAAUAUCUCCUUAGCAGGACCUUCCGAGGAGACUAAACAUGAAGAUAUUCCAGGUUGGUCUCUCUCAGAGAUGGACAGAAUGGCCAUUGACCCUCUUCAGCUUGCAAACCUCAGCAGAAGGUUGGACGACGACGAUGAAGAUUAUGACGAAGAAGGGUAACAAAUUAUGAACCAUGGGGUCUCGAGAAGGAUAGUCAUCGAGAUCAGAUCUAAUGGGUAGUUAACAAACAGAAGAAAAACAGAAGAUAGAUGCAAGCAUAAGUAUGGCCUACUUGGUGGAGAAUGAAAAUAUGUCUAUUGUGGUUCUCCCUGGGAAGGGCUUCAAAGCAUUAUUCUUUGUUUCUAUUUUGUUCGUCACCAUGAUGUGCAUUUUCUGUGGUAUCAGUUCCUAACUAGCUCUUUUUCAGGAACUAGAUUUGCAUGACAAUUGGAGCACACUUAGUUUGUGCAUUUCAACUAUGUAAUGUAGGCAGAAUAUGGCAGCCGUAGUAGAUAGUAUUAGUAGUAGUGGUAGUAAAUCAUUUAGUGGUUUGUUCAACUUUUUGGCAUUAGGCUUGGUGGAACUAUUAUAAGGUGUAGUAGAGUUGCCUUUGCUUUGCUUUUACUGCACAAGGCAUAAUUUAGUAAAGGCGCCUUGAAAUUUCUUCUUAUUGAGUGUCUUCUCCA